AAAAAACCAAAAAUCUAAACUCCCACCAACAAAAGAUGUCCAAAUUUGCAUUAGUCAUCCCACCAAAUCACCUCCACCGACACCACCACCACCACCUCUUCCUCCUUUUCCUCCUCAUCUCCGCCAUAAAUGCCGUCCCUUCCUCGGCUACAACCACCACUAAUAAUGACCAAAAGUUCAAAGAAGCUCCACAAUUUUAUAACGCACCCACUUGUCCUUCCAUUAAUGGCACCACCAAUGAAAUGUGUUCCCAUGAAGCUGUUCAUGUAGCAAUGACCCUCGAUGCCGCCUAUUUGCGUGGUUCAAUGGCAGCUAUUUUUUCCAUCCUGCAACACUCUUCUUGCCCUCAAAACAUCCUCUUCCACUUCGUCUCCACCUCCACCGCCGACCACCGUCACCUCCUCCUUACAAUCACCCACUCUUUCCCUUCCCUUAAGUUCCAAAUCUACCCGUACGACUCCUCUGUCGUGUCCGGCCUUAUCUCAACAUCCAUCCGGUCAGCACUCGACUCCCCACUCAACUACGCCCGGAACUACCUCGCCGAUCUCCUCCCUCAUUGCAUACACCGCAUCGUUUACCUAGACUCCGACCUCGUCCUAGUCGACGACAUAGCCAAACUCGCCGCCACCCCACUAGACGAAAACACCGUCCUCGCCGCCCCGGAAUAUUGCAACGCCAACUUCACUUCAUACUUCACCCCAACCUUCUGGUCCAACCCCACACUUUCCCUAACCUUCGCCGGCCGGAAACCUUGUUACUUCAACACCGGUGUAAUGGUCAUAGACUUACAAAAAUGGCGUGAAGGUGAUUACACCAUCAAAAUCAUCGAAUGGAUGGAGCUUCAAAAAAGAAUAAGGAUCUACGAGUUAGGUUCAUUGCCACCAUUUUUACUCGUCUUUGCAGGCACCAUAGCACCUGUUGAUCAUAGAUGGAACCAACACGGGCUUGGAGGUGACAAUUAUAGAGGAUUAUGCAGAAAUUUACAUCCGGGUCGGGUUAGUUUAUUACAUUGGAGUGGUAAAGGGAAGCCAUGGGUGAGACUUGAUGCUAAUCGACCAUGUCCUUUAGAUGCUUUAUGGGCUCCUUAUGAUUUGCUACAAACACCCUUUGCUUUAGAAUCUUAAAAAAUUAUGAUUAGUAUAUGUUUUUUUUCAACAAUAAUUUUCUUUUUCUGGGCUGAGAUUUUUUCUUUCAAUGAUGCCAUGGAACUUAUAGAGAAAAAAAAAUGGAUCUGAGUGGAAAAUUUUAAGAUAAAUUUUCUUGGAGAUAUAUGUUCAUAUAUGAUUCUGUAGCAGUGAACAUUAACAAUCUUAAUACAAUCUUUGCUUCUUUUCUUUAUCUAUGUAUUGUUCAAGACAGUAUAUAAUACAUGUUAUGCCUACUACAGAAAUUAAACAUCAAAAGCUUUUUUGGUGCUUUGGUUUAA